AAUGAAGCCACUCUGAACAUCCUUUCACAAAUCCAUUGGCUCUAUCCGUUUCCAGCCCCAGACAUCAUCACUCCUUCAGCUUCCAUAUCAUCAGCCAGGCAAACAAUGGCAGAAAUGGAGGGAGCUUCUGCCGAGGGUACCCUCGAGGUUGAAAAUGGCCUUGUUAUCCCUCUGCCCGUCACUCCAACCGCCGACUUCGCCUACGUGAUUAGCGACUGCAGCGAAGCAGCGGCAAAGUAUGAAGCUGAGGGUUGCUUCAUUUGGCGCGGCGACUGGACCACUCGCAACUCAAACAAGAGAGACGAGGCGAUCGUCGACACUCUUAAAUCCGAGGAGGAUCACGGACAUCUGCCCCUGGAGUUCCCCGGGCCGUUCCCCGAUCACUUUGGCGUCUCUGUCAUUGACUACUUUCGCCAGAGUCCUGAUGGUUUCGAGUAUGAGGUGAUCAACGCCGCGGUCAACGCCCCCGACCAGCGUGUGGCCUUUGCCAUCCGUCUAGUCGUCGGUGACAACGAGAAGGCCUUCCCCAUAAGCGGUCACGAGCUCCGCGUCUUUCUUCAACUGACGGGCUUCUUCAACUAUGACCAUCGCCAAAAGACCUUUGCUGCCGCCUGGCUGAACAGUGACGACGACUACAUUCCCAGUCGUUCGUCGCACGUUUACUGCAAUAACGCGACGGUCCCUGGCGAUGACUUUGCGGUUCGGAUUAUCAAGUUCGUCGUUGGCCAAGCCGACCCCUUCAUUAGCAUCGCUCACUUGCACUUCUGGCUUGAGAUUCACCAAUUCCAGGACGUCCGCCGCCGCGAUAUAAACAUCUUGCGCAAGGAACUUCGGUUUGAGGACGACUUCACCCUUGAGCCCGAGAGAAUUGCUCGUACCUUGAAGUACUUCCGUGAGGUUAAGCAACAGCCUCCUCAGUAG